AUGGGCAAGGACAAGCAGCCCCGCGGUCAGCACAGGCAGGGGGGGCCGGCCGCGGACGCCGCCGGACCCGACGACAUGGGGCCGAAGACGGGCAAAAGGGCCCCCAAGGCGUGCGGGGAGGAGGAGGCCCGGACGUGCUGCGGCUGCCGGUUCCCGCUGCUGCUCGCGCUGCUGCAGCUGGCCCUGGGCAUCGCCGUGACCGUGGUGGGCUUUCUCAUGGCGAGCAUCAGCUCCUCCCUGCUAGUCAGAGACACUCCAUUUUGGGCUGGGAUCAUUGUCUGCCUAGUGGCGUAUCUUGGUUUGUUUAUGCUUUGUGUCUCGUAUCAAGUUGAUGAACGGACAUGUAUCCAGUUUGCUAUGAAACUCUUGUACUUUCUGCUGAGUGCCCUGGGCUUGAUGGUCUGCGUGCUGGCCGUGGCGUUCGCUGCCCACCACUAUUCACAGCUUACGCAGUUUACCUGUGGAACAGCACUCGACUCCUGUCAGUGCAAACUGCCCUCCUUGGAGCCGCUCAGCCGGAUCUUUGUGUACAGGGAUGUGACCGACUGCACCAGCAUCACUGGCACGUUCAAACUGUUCUUACUCAUCCAAAUGAUUCUUAACUUGGUCUGUGGCCUUGUGUGCUUGGUGGCCUGUUUUGUGAUGUGGAAACACAGGUACCAAGUCUUUUACGUGGGUGUCCGAAUGUGCUCCCUAACAGCUUCUGAAGGCCAGCAGCAAAAGGUCUAACAUACAUGCUCAAAGAUGGGAGAGAAAACAGCACACUGACUAGCUGGGCUCAAAAAAGAAAAAGAAAACAGAGAAAGAAAAGGAAGAAAGGAAGUAAAAAAAACCUUUUGACAAUAACUAAUACUCACUAUUGUAAAUGACUGUUUUUCUAUUUUUCAGGAAAUAAGAGUAUUUCUUCAGGUUUCCAUAGUAUUUUUAAAACUUCUUAUGGGGAAAAUAGGAUCCAAAUUGACUUUGGGAAUUUAAAAGAACACUGAACGGGGAAAUAAUGGCAUACAUCUAUUUUUGCAGGCUGGAGUUUAUUCCUAAUACAGAUUACCCACCUCCGCUUUCUGAAAGUAGAGCAUUCCCAUGAAAACUUCCGUAAACCGAAAUGGUGCAAAGUGAAGAAGCUGUUUUGUAGAAGCAAACUCUUCAGAUUUCUUUCGGUUGGCAAAAAUGGGUGCUCACGUAGAUAUUUCAUAAAGCAAAAUGGCAUAGAGCAAACUUUCCACGAGCGGGGAAGCCCUGUACUCAUUUUAUUCAUUAUUUGUAUCAUCCUCUUUCCUGUUAGUUCGGUUUAGAGUGUGCACUGGCAUUUCAGGCUUGCUUGCUAAAUUUUGCAGGCGUUUCCAGAACUUUCCACCUGCCCUCAUUCCCUUCACUAUGUCUUGGAGAAAGGUGGGGGCUGGGGGAAAAGCCGAGAAGCCAGGUUGACUCUAUCAUUUUUCACGGGUAGAGAUGUCUUCAAGGCAUGGGUCACCCUCAAGGAGCAGAGUAGAAAAGGAAGAGACUUUGCAAAGCCUAAAUAAUUAUCAGCAACCGGGCUGGGGUGGGGGCCUUUUCUCCUCAGCUGCCUUAGCUUGGCUGUGUAAGUAGAUCACUUACUAAAUGCUUUAGAUGAUUGUCUGCUUCUCAAUAAUUGAAAGUUGGUGGUAGUUGUAUUCUUAAUGAUGUAGAAGGCUUAAAAAUAAUUACAUUAUGCUUCUAUUCUAUCAUCUAAAACAAAUCAUUAAAACUAAUUUCUACCUAAUUGUUAAUUAUAAUUAUGCUCUGAAGCCUACUUAAUGAGCCCUGUCUGUACUUAUGUAGCACCAUCGGUAUUAGGAGAAAUUACUCUCACAAGAGAGGAGGCUUAAAGAUUCUUUCUUCUGAAAGCCAAGCUUUACAAGGGAGAAGAGAAAAACUUGUUUAUUAAUAGCUCAGGUUAAAAAUACUCAUUUAGACAAAAACAAGAGCGUUUGUAAUGGGAAAUAUUUAUACAAAUAGCACAUUUGUGAUACGUUGUAAAAUAUCUCUCUUGGCAGCUAAGUACUUUUGAGGAAGACUGGGUAAUGCCGAUGUGUUCCAUUCACAAAAGUGUAUCUGAUAUAUAAUCCUAUUAUUGAUAUUUAUAUGCAGUCAACCUAGAGAUUUACACAAAUGUUUUGAUGUCCUUGUUUGAGCAUAUGCCCAUUGACUUGGAAGGUAAUUUUUAUUUGUUUUGUGUUUAAGUUACCGUGACUUAAAAAAGCACACAUAUCCUAGGGUGGGAGUCUUAUUAUUUGGUUCUGAACAAUAUCAGUGUUUUGAGGAAGGAGCUCAGAAUGCAAAUUCAUGCAGCCCAAAUGUUAUCAAGAUCUUUCUCUAUUAGCAUGCUCUGUGGAAAUCAGAAAUUCAAGAUAAUAAUUGAGAUGAAUUUGCCUCUCCACAUUGCCUAUUGAUAUACUCCGCUAGUCAUGAAAUUCUACCCUGAAAGAAAAUCAUUUUCUUGUGUGCCUUAGAAAAUAGUUGAACAGUUCCAUUGGUUGCAACAAUAGUGUCAAUUUCUAUACAAUAUAAAUAUCCAAAUAAAAAGAAAAACAUUAAGUCAGUUAGUUGGAGAAUUAUAAAUAGCUGUUAUGUCCUCCAGAUAAAACACGUGAUUAAUAAAUGUUAAAACCUUUUUUUAAUGUAUUGACUUGCUUUAAAAAUGGCCUUCCAACACACCAGUUCAGGCCAAGAACUCACAUUGGAAGGCUUAGUGGAUAAGACUCUGGAGUAGAUGUUUGUUCAUACACAAAAACUAUAUUGAAAGAACACCAAGCAUCCUGAAGACGACCUGAAAAAAACAACAAAUAACUGAAUCCAUUCUGAUUUGGACAGUUUCUGACAUAAGGAAGAAAAUGACAGAGAAUCUGAAAUAUUGUAGGCCAUUCUUUAAAGAGUGAGAAACUGAAGGGCGCCCGGGUGGCUCAGUCGGUUAAGUGGCCAACUUU